AUGAGGACUGCCCUCUCUAAUGGGGCAGAUAUCAAUUGGCAUUAUCCUGAUGUGGGUAGCUUCACUCCAUUACAUGCAGCAGCUUACUAUAACAGGAGUGAUGCUGUCCAGUGGUUACUCAGUAAUGGAGCUGACCUUGAGUCUAGAAAUGAUGCUGGAUACACUCCUCUCAUGGUAGCAGCUAUGAAUGGAAGCACACAGAUGGUGACAAUGCUCCUUGAAAAAGGAGCAGAUGUAGCUGCUUCUGAUAGACUUGGUGGGACUGCUCUUGGCUAUGCUGAACAAAAUAAUCAUAGUGACACUGCCACUAUACUGAGAGUACACUCAGCUUCUUCUAUGAAUUAA